AUGUCUCAAGAGGGUUCAAUACAAUCUCAAGACCCAUCAAGCAGGAUAUCUGUCAAUAACAAUGAAGAAACAACCAACGAUUUGAAGUUGAAAUCAACUCCUCAAUCGCCAGCUCUCGCUGAUACGAUCACUCCUAAGAGUGACCAUGAGAAUAACAGUAUUGCCUCGAAUAGUAUUCCAAAAAACAAGUUCAAAAUUCCAAUUACCAUUCCGGAAAUUGUCACAAGCAUCGGAUGGGUAUUGGCCAUUGUAUUUUGUAUUUGGUAUGUCGUGAACGCAUCAGGAGAAUUUCAAACUUCUCAGAAUAAUCCAACGACAGCUCUUUCGAUUGUUGAGAAAGUUCCACUCGAAUUGCCAGCUGUCACCAUUUGUAACUGGAAUGGAUAUUAUGAAUGUGAUUUUUGUGAUUUAACCUUAAAAACAGCGACACGAGUGGUUGAUGGAAAUGUGGUCGAGUUUGAAAUACCAUACGAAUAUAAGGAAAUAGAACAAAAUGGACUCUAUCGAUGCUACGUAUUUAAUAACUUUUCAGAUCAAGUGAUGACUUCUAAUGCAACUGGAUACGGUGGAGUUAUUUCAUUGUUUUUUGAUGUGCCAUCGGUUCCACAGGAACGUGACGCGAGGUUUGGCUUACAAGUAUCUUUUCAUGAAAUUGGUACUAUUCCCAACGUCUUUGCUGAAACAAAUUUUGCAGUAGCAAAUGUAGAUAAUUACUUUGUUUUGACUAAAAUUGUGACCACCCGAUUGAAACCAUCGAUAGAAAAUCCAAAUUUAACAGAUACACGAUGGGAAUCUAUUCUUUCACUUGUGGAAUUAACACAACGAGAUGACAAUACUGUGGUCAUUUCGUUUACUUACAACACAUUAACAGAACACAACAAUGCAGAAAUGUAUACUUCAUCGAUUGAAGGAUUGUUGGGAGAAAUUGCUGGAAUUUUAGGAGUCAUGAUGGGAAUUGACAUUUUAAAAAUGUUAAGAGGAUGCCUUCAAGUUCCCUAUUCAUUCAAACAUAAAUCAAUACGAGGUAUUUGGGAUACUUUCAAUUAA